AUGACCUCGUUCAUCAACACCAUCAACAGCAAUGCGCGCACCCAGCGGAAUGCCUUUCAGCCGCAGAAGCGCUCCAAGGGGACCAACAGCUGGCAGUUGAAGCAGUUUGCGGACGCCACGCUGGGUAGUGGUAGUCUGCGCAAGGUGGUGCAGCUCCCCGAGGGCGAGGAUCGAGACGAGUGGUUGGCGGUGAACGUGGUCGACUUCUACAACCAGAUCAACCUCCUCUACGGCGCCAUCACAGAGUUCUGCUCUCCUGCAUCUUGUCCAGAGAUGAAGGCCACGGACGAGUUCGAGUACCUGUGGCACGAUCCUCCCGCCUUUCCCAAGCCGACACGCCUCCCGGCACCGACCUACAUCUCACACCUACUCUCCUGGACCUCCAACCACCUCUCCAACGCAUCCGUCUUCCCCACCCACCCAGGAGUUGCAUUCCCACCCAAUUUCCAACAAACCAUUCGCACCAUCUUCAAGCGACUGUACCGUAUCUACGCACACAUCUACUGCCACCACUACGGUGUGGUGCGUGGUCUGGGACUCGAGGCACACCUGAACACCGGCUUCAAGCAUUACGUGCUGUUUGUUGAGGAGUUUGGAUUGGCGGAUGAGAAGGGUAACAAGAAGGGAGAGUGGUACGGACCUCUGGGCGAGCUUGUGGAGUCGAUGCUACGAAGCGAGUAG